AUGAAUGCAAAGCACUACAAUGGCGGGAUGCACGAAUACAACUCAGACGAGGACGACUCUGAUGAUGACGACAUCCAACCACCUGUGGUCAGCAGACAUGGUGUUGUCCAUGGACACGAUGAGGUAUCAUUGAUCGACAGACACGACGACAUCUCUGAUGACGACUCAUUACAUGACGAGAUCCCACAAUUGAUGGCAAGACAACAAUACGAUAGCGAUGAUGACGAUAGCGAUGAUGACAAUGAUGAUUCAACUCGUAAGGAAGAUGAGCCAUACUACUAUGACGAUGAUGGGGAUGACGAGUGA